UAUGGCGCAGACUAGCCGUUUUUAUAAAACUAAAAACAAUGCUUAUCGAACAAGAAGGUCUGAUAACAAUACCGGAUAUGAAGCUUCUGGAAGUGAAUUACUAGACAAUUCUAUUAGCAGCACUGUUAAGAAUGGACUUGAAGAUAAUUCAUGGGACAGCUGUUCAGCCACCAGCUGGGGAAAGAGAAUACGAGACAAUCAUUUGAGAGCACUCAACUCUCGCCUCAACAAUAAUUCUUUCAGGUUUUUAUUUUUUAAAUUAAAAGGAGCCAAAAAAAUCAUUUUUUUCUUUAGUAGAGGUGCAUUUGACGGUUCACAAAAUUCUCUCAGAGAAGAACAAAUUGCAAGGGAGAUAAUGGCCUCUAAUGAAAGAAAGCGAAAGCUCGAAUUGGAUUCUUUUGAAGAUAUCCAGGAUGAGAUUAAUACGGCUGAUUUUUUGAGUUGUUCUACGAAUGACAACAACAGGAAGACUUCUGAAAAAAAAUAUAAACGACAAAAAAUGGGCAUAGUGAUUAUUAAUAAGGGAGGUGUUAUUCAAUUUGGCAAUGAUAAAUCACGUAAAAACAGAAGUGCUGACUCUUCGUCUUCGUCCUCAUCAUCCUCUCCAGAAAAACAAAUGAUGAAAAAACAUGUGAUUGAACAACAGAAAUUUAACAAUAAGAUGAUGGAGAUGAUGGAACAACUUCAAAAGCAAGUUCAAGCAUUGUCAACGGGCUCUAAAAAUAACGGGUAA